AUGAAGAUCAUUCUCGAGGACCAAUUCGAGAAUUCCGACGAGAUGGGCCAAACAGUGACUGCGUCGCCGGGAGAUGUGUUUUCUUUUUUCAAGGGAGCCGGAAUUUCAUUGAUUACAGAUGGCUUUGGAUUAGUGUUCUACAGGGGUGUUCUCUCUCCCCCCUCCAUGGUUUGGGAAUAUCUGGUUCAAAAAAGCCUCAGACACAGUCAAGGUGAGAAAGAUAUCAAGAACCUGUGA